AUGGUAAGGGCAAAUGUGUUCGCUUCUGUUCCCAUACUAAGAUUGAUUAUACAGAUUCCCGAAGCCGACCUCAAGAUAUCAGCCCAAACAUCAUUAACAGCUUUGCAAAUUUGGUGGCUGGGUACCCCAGACCUGGCAGGCGCAAUUGAGUGGCGACACAAACUCGAUACUGAGAUUGUAUCACUACAGCGUCUCAGGAAGAAUGGAUACAGAAAGGGACGGAUCCGUCUAGCCCAGAACAGCAUUUUAAAUCGGCAUGUGCAAGCCAUGGUGGAAGACCUCACCGAAGACUCGCUCAAAAUAUUUGCCAUUCUCACCUGGCACUUCAACGCAGACUUUAGAGUGCCUUUCCCCCGUCAGCUUCUUCGGUUCUUCGAUACCCCCUGGGAGCUUAUCGGCGAUGUUUGCAUUGACAUCCACAAAUACACGACAAUGGCCAAAUCGGAGUCAAUAAUGAGCUUUAAGAGAAAUUUAUCAAGCUGCUAG